GAAUGCUAAUGACUGCCAAUGAAGCCCCUAAAAUGAAUAUCUAUUAUAUACCAGUUUUAGGGCCUGCCCCAAAGUGGUGUUCCUUCUUGGAUAACUUGACUGAAGAACUGGAAGAGAAUCCAGAGAGCACAGUUUACGAUGAUUACAAAUUUGUUACCAGAAAGGACCUUGAAAAUUUAGGCCUUGCUCAUCUCAUUGGAUCAUCAUUGCUCAGAGCGUAUAUGCAUGGCUUUUUCAUGGACAUAAGACUUUAUCAUAAGGCAAAAAUGAUGGCCAACCCCUUUGCCUAUGAAGAAUACAGAAGAGAGAAAAUAAGGCAGAAGAUAGAAGAAACACGUGCACAGAGAGUUCAACUAAAGAAACUUCCAAAAGUCAAUAAAGAGCUUGCACUCAAACUGAUUGAAGAAGAAGAAGAGCAACAGGUUACUAGAAAAAGGAAACAGAAGAAUCUGCCUAGCCUUCUCAAGGAUGAUCGUUUUAAGGUCAUGUUUGAGAAUCCAGAUUUCCAGGUGGAUGAGCAGAGUGAAGAAUUUAGGCUACUUAACCCACUUGUUUCUAAAAUAAGUGAGAAAAGAAAGAGGAAACUAAAGAUGUUACAGGAACUGGAAGCACGAGAACAGGAAGAGGAGGAAGAACCAGAAGGAAAAGCAAGUGAUGCAGAAAGUUCUGAGAGUUCAGAUGAUGAAAAAGGCUGGGUUGAAGAGGUCAGGAAACAGCGCAAGCUUCUACGCCAAGAGGAAAAACUAAAGCGGCAGGAAAGGUUCAAGGAGGAUCAGCAAACAUUACUGAAACCUCAGUUUUUUGAGAUUAAAGAAGGAGAGGAAUUCAGAAGCUUCAAAGACUCUGCCAAAAAACAAAAAUUAAUGAAGAAAACUCUUGGAGAUCGUUUAAAGCUUGAAGAAAAACUUGGCACGCUCGAUGUGUCUGAUACCACAGUAGGCAGCAAACAGGCAACAUUCAAAUUAAAGAAGUCAGAGCAGCAAAAGAAACAGCAGGAAGCUGAGAAACUACAUCGUCAAGAGAGGAAAACACUUAGGCGUCCUGCUAGUCAUCUCAAGAGCAAACGUGGAAGAGGACGACUGUUUCAUUGAUUUUUAUUUUUUAUUUUUUUAUUUUUUUUAAAGAAACUUCUUUUAUCUCAUUUUUCAUUUGAAAAAGAGACUUUUUCAAAUUGGGACACAGUACGAGUGUAUUUGUAUUUUGAUUCAUUGAUGAACACAAAACACAGAAUUUGCUAAACCUUGUACUGACUAUUGAAAAGUUUAUGAAAGUAAAAGUAAUGACCAAAGGACACUACAAGUGUGGUGUGUUACAAACUCCAGUGUGAACUGUAUUUGUGCAGAAAUCACCCGCAACUGGUUAUUGUGUAACCUUGAAUGUUUUCUAUAUAAGAAUUUACAUAAACAACGAGGCUGCCUGUCUUUUAUUUAACUUAAGAGCUGUGGGUUUUUUCUUUCU